GGAUAAAAGUAAAAAAAGAGUCCUGGGACUCGUGAGAAGGGUGUAAUUAUCCACCAGUGUGAGUGUGACCCAUGAUGUGACUCUAUCAAACAUCCGGUUUCCUCAAGUUGUACUAACAAUGGAUAAUAGAGUUGAUAAGAAAGAACAAACCAACCGCCCGAACGGUUAGUAAGCUGAUAAGUGGUGAAAUAAACAAAAAAGAAUAAUAAAAUAAAAAUUAAACAAAUAUCGUUAAAAAAUGAAGAAUCCGUUCUCAGAAACUUCCUUCUAAUCCACACUACGUCGACCUCAACCACCCACAACAACAACAACAUGUGCUGAGAUAUAAUCCACGAGCUUUGGAAAUUAAUUCUGAAACAAAAAUGAGUCAAGAGGUAGCUGGAGUUGAGGUCCUCAAAGUGGUUCUUCCAGGGGAUGAGGUCCUACAGUAUAACCCUGACAGAAACAAGGAACGUAUCUUUAUUGGCCCGGGAUUACGGUGGGAGGACAACGUAAUCCGUGCAACUAGACCUGGACUUUUGAAGAAGACAUUAAAGAGGCUAUAUUAUGUUGACUCACAUCAGAAACGCUACAUUCCACAGAAGAGGGAGUUUGUCAUUGGGACGGUUUUGAAGAAAAAGGGUGAUAAUUAUAUAAUAGACAUAGGAGCAAGUGAGCAAGCAACUAUAUCAUAUUUGUCAUUUGAAAAUGCCUCAAAAAAGACUAAGAAAGAAAUGAAAGUGGGUGACCUUAUUUUUGGACAACUUCUGGUAGCUAACAAAGAUAUGGAGCCCGAGUUAGUGUGUAUUGAUACGUAUGAUAGAGCUGUAGGCAUGGGGCCCCUUCCUGAAGGUGGUCUUUUGUUCAACGUCUCGUUACACGUUGCUCGACUGAUUGUCAAUCCCAAAAAUUCUUUCCUUCUGACCAUUAGCAAGAUGUUUAAGUACACAAUAGUAGUAGGUUUUAAUGGACGCAUCUGGGUGAAGGCCAAAAAGCAGGGUGAAAUGGUGGCUAUCAUGAACUGUAUCCUGAUGUUAGAGGUGAUGACCUUGGAGGAAGCUAAUGAAAAUGCUCUGAGAGUUUUGUCAUCAUUUUCACAGCAUAAUUCAAAGGAGGCGACAUGCUAGGAGCUGUGUGUAAUUAUGUGUCUAUCAGUUUUUAUACACAUAGUAUAUACAUGUGUAGACAAUAUUGUAUGCAUUACAGGGAUAAUUGCAACAUAUAUUACUGUACUGUAGUUUUUAUAUACGUACAGUUCAAAUUUUACUUUUCUUGGUUUCCUAAUUCAGAUUGAACUUUGCAUAUUAACCAAUUAUGAAGAUAAAUCAUAAUAUAAACUCUAAAUUAUCAGAACCUAUCUACUUUAGGAAGGAAUAGUUUGGUUAUGAUAAGCUUGGAAAACAGAUAUUAAGAAAAACAGUAAAUUUUGCCAGUAGUACUGUAUGGUACUGCAUGCACUAAUAUCCAGUUUUACUUGUGUUUUAAGACUUGGGUGGAUUUUUAUCCCUAAAAUGCAGUACCAUUUUUAUGGAUAUAUACAGUACCUGCACAGUAUACUUGUACUGUAUUACAAAUUAAAGAGAUAUCCAUAUUGUGUUGCAUAUAUUGUAUUAAUGGCUUCACCUGUGGAAUUAGUGAUUUAGUUUAUAGGUAAACCUGUCAUGGAAUUCGAAUUCAUUAUUUCACUGUGAAAAAAUAGGAUAUCAUUGUUUAUAAAGCUAAUGUGCCUGUGCAUAAACUGACAGUAAUUUAUAUACCCUGCACUGUACUGCAGAGUACCAUCAGACUAAUGUUUGUAAAGUUACUGAUGACCAUUUUCUGCAUUGAGUGGAGAUGAUGUUAUUAAAAUUUUAGAUUUGA